AUGUCUUGUUUUACAUCGCCUGUGGCUCUGAAUGGUGGCCCUCUUACUCCAGAGAUGUGCCAGAAAGCUUGUCAGGGACAUCUACUUGCUGCUCUAUUUCCAACCGAUUGCCGUUGUGGAGAUGAUGCCAAUGCAAUCAAACCCCUCGACGAAAGGGUUUGCAACUAUCCUUGCCUCGGUGAGAGGAUGAAUGGCUUUUGUGGCAGUAUUUGCCCCGAUGAAGGACCAGGAAUCGCCAACGUCUACACAAAAACACAAUCUGUCAGCCAGCAGCCACAGGUCCAAACCUUGCAUACCACUUCCACCCUCGCACUGCCCGUCCCUCCGACUACAUCUGAGGAUUGCACAACGUCUGAGGAAGAUCCAGUAACCGACCAGGGGCCUGGAAAUUUCAUUACACCUGCUGGGCCAGCACCAGAAAUACCUACCACAUUUACUUUCAUAUUCACGUCCUCUGGUCCUGCUUCAGCAUCAUCUUCCGACCCCGCAACCGGAGUGCCGCCAACCACUUCUUGCACCGAAGAAGAAAGCUCAGUAACUCAAGCACCAACCGUGGCACCAAGCACGACUCGCGAGGAAGACCCGGCCACUCCUACUCCAAGCUCAGCAGCACCGGCUCCUUAUGGGACGACCACCGCCUCUCCUCCUAUGUACACUUCGGAUGCGCAGCCGGUACCAUCUUCUGAGUCGUCUCCCCAGUCAUACUCAGAUCCUGUGACUUCGGAGCAAGAUCAGGAUCCUGCGGCCACAGCUAGCAGCGUCCCAGAUCCAAGCCAAGACGAUCCAAACCAGCCUUCCACAGGUACCCUUUGGUCUCGUCCCUCGGGUGUCGUCGAUCCGACUGGCCAGCCACCAGUUCCAGCCCAGGUGCCUGGAUCCGAUUCCGCUCACAGUAUGAUCCCACCGCUGGCUACCAUCGGAGGAUUGGCUUUGAUUGCAGCAAUCAUCAUGUAA